AUGGUGGAGAAUUACAGUUCUUUUAUUCAAGAAUUCCGAAAUUGGGAAUCAGCAUGGGUUUUGGAAGCCUUAUGUGUGAUUGCACAUGAAAUUAGGAUUCUUGCCGAGCGGGCUGAUAAAGAGUUGGCUUCAAUAGGGAAAACCCCAGAGAAAUUGAAAGGUGCUGGCUCUUUCCUCAUGAAAGUGUUUGGUGUUCUUGCUGGAAAAGGACCAAAACGCGUUGGAGCUUUAUAUGUUACAUGCCAGCUGUUUAAAAUUUAUUUCAAGCUUGGGACAGUCCACUUAUGUCGCAGUGUGAUAAGAAGCAUUGAAACAGCUAGGAUUUUCGACUUUGAGGAGUUUCCUGUCAGGGAUAAGGUCACCUACAUGUAUUAUACUGGUUGUUUAGAGGUGUAUAAUGAGAACUUUCCAGCUGCUGAUCAUAAAUUAUCUUACGCAUUAACUUUGGUGUAUAAUGAGAACUUUCCAGCUGCUGAGCAUAAGUUAUCUUACGCAUUAACUUAUUGCAGUCCUCUGAAAGAAGCAAAUAUAAGUCAUCAAUUGCUUUUGGAGCUUUCCUUUUAUGCUAUCGAGAAAUUGAAAUGCUCAUUAGAAGGGUCUGAAAUCGGUGAAGGUUUAAUUGUGAUUUAUGUCCUUAUGUACAACAAUGUUGUGCUUGCUCUUAAGAGAGGUGAUCUGCGACUUCUAAGACAUGCCCUUGAAGAACAUGAAGACAGGUUCUUAAGAUCAGGUGUAUAUCUUGUCCUAGAGAAGUUGGAACUCCAAGUUUACCAACGACUAAUAAAGAAAAUAGACAUCAUCCAAAAACAGCAAGAUCCAAAUAAAGCCCACCAGAUCAAGUUAGAAAUUAUUGUUAAAGCUUUAAAAUGGCUUGAGAUGGAUAUGGAUGUUGAUGAGGUGGAGUGCAUCGUUUCGAUUCUAAUAUACAAGAAUCUGAUGAAGGGAGAUUAUAGUGCAUUAACUGAUGCCCAAGAUACUGAAGAAGUCAUCAAAUUGGGGUGA